CAACUGCUCACAGUCACGAAGACCGGCAGUCGUCUGGAAUGGAGAAAAUCAGUGGCGACGGAGACUAGAAUAGCGGCCCCAGAGAGUAACCCAGCUGACAACCUGGACAGAUCAGUUUUAGUAGAUGAAUCAGUUGCCAUGGAUACCUUAUCAAAAGUAAAGAUCUUCUGUUGGAUAACAACAAGGGAAAAGGAAAUCGACAAUAAAAUGGCGGCAGUGAACGAGACUUGGGCGAGACGCUGCGAUAACAGAAUGUUUGUUAUGACAACCACUAAAAAAUAUCCAGGAAAUAAAAUAGUUGACCUACACAUCAAAGAUGGCCGCCAGUACUUGACGGAAAAGACGAUAGCGUCUUUAAAGUAUAUUUACAAACAUCAUCUGAACAAUUAUGACUGGUUUCUGAAAGCAGACGAUGAUACAUUCGUGGUGAUGGAGAACCUGAAGUUUUUGUUGUCCCACUAUAACGCGAGUGAGGGGGUGUAUGUGGGUCACCUGUUCAAGAAAUAUUCCAGCUGGGGCUAUAUGAGCGGCGGCGCUGGCUACGUGCUUAGCAGAGAGGCUGUACGACUUUUGGUGGAAAAGGGGUACAAUACAGAGAACGUGUGCCGGAAGUCUGGGACGGACGAAGACGUGGAAAUAGCGAGCUGCCUGCACAAUGUUGGAGUCCCCGUCCACAACACUCUGGACAGGUUCGGUCGGGAGUCCUUCCAUGCCUUCAGUGCCGGUGACCAUAUCAUGGGCUCCCUGCCCAAAGAAAUUGAGAAGUGGGACCGCCAUAAAACAAAGAAGGGCAAAGAAUGUUGCAGCCAGCUGACGAUAACCUUUCACUAUGUGGAUCCUAAACAAAUGAGGACGCUGGAAUUUCUGUUGUAUAGGACGAGUGUCUACGGGAGAAGAUCCGAACCGUCAUUUUUUAAAUAUUUCUUUCAAAUAGGUGUCGUGCCCUCAUUACCUCCACCUUGACCUUGGACAUAGUCAGAACACCAUGGUACAGAGGGGUACACCAUGGUACAGACAUUCACAAAGAAUGUUGAUUAGUUACGUUACUGUUGAUAGAAGUGAAAAGGAAAUCAUGGCUAUAUUUGAUUAAUAAAAAACUGAACCAUUAUUUUUUAAACAUUUCUUUCAAAUAGGUGUCGUGCCCUCAUUACCUCCACAGUGGCCCUGGGCAGGCUGCAGGCGGCUGCUAAAGACAUUCACAAAGAAUGUUGCCUGGUUACGUUACUGUAGAGAUCACUGAAAUCAUGGCCAUAUUUGAUUAAUAAUCAUUGAAAACACAUUUUCAGAAUAUACUUCAUAGAAAUAAUCACUAUCAUGUUGUGCAUACGGGUUAUGAAUACAUACACAGCUGUUCAGGCUAACAAUUUCGAUUCUGAAUCAAAAAUGCAAAAUAUUUUCUUCACUGUGUUUUAGUUUUGGAUUGUUUAAAAAAAUUGGUUAACAGUUUAGUGCGUUUUAUGAAACCUGGAACUGCCGAGAAAAUGCUUGAUUAUUAAAAGGGUUGAUUAGCAGGGGAGCUUGUUAAUAGGUAGAAAAUUGGCAGAGAUACAAUUAGGACUCCAUAUUAUUAUUGAUUUAUUUUUAUUUUGUCUCCGUUUUGGGGGUAUUUUUGGGCCGCGCUGGCUAAGUGGGUUAGAUUCUGACUUUGUGUGCCAGACUGUUUUUUUCUGAGAGUUUCGAAUCCUGGAUGGGAAUUCAGCUAAUAAAAGUGCUGGAAUCUUUACUGUACUGAGAAAGUGUCAUCCCAAAUAUAACACCUGUUAAAAGAAUAAUGAUGCCAGGUCUACCUCGUGUAAUUGACCCAGAGAUUGCUAAACCUAGUAUGUGAUCUGGAUCAAGGUUUUAGGUGUACCGCGUGCGUAGUUUCUUGCUGUGGAUUAACAAGAACGGUUGAAACAGAAUGAGAGAGACAAGGUAAUGCAUAGCAAUGCUGCACAUGAUUGAUGCUCAUAGAAAUGAGCGCAGGAGCACGUAAUGUGAACAUCGCGACUUUCAUACUGACAUGGAGCAAGAACUGUUUCUACAAAAUUGUCAUCCGUUGGAUCAGAAAGUACAGGGGAGCCAAUGAGCUGAAGGAUCGCCCACGUUCUGAAAGACCCAGGGCGACGGCAGAUUAUGAAGAAAGAACACAGUUGAAGCUCACUGAACGACAACCAUUUGCCACAAGCACUGUUCCAUAGCACCACUGGUUAGCAUUUCGCUGGGUCUGGAUGGAAACAUUCUGGAAUAGCCUGAUGAGAGCCGGGCACAGCUCUAGAAGUGUCAUCAAACGCCCUCUACUGAGCGAUAAUCACCAACAAGUACAUGUGGUUUGUUGUUGACAACGGCAACAGGUCAACCUAAGGACUUGGCGAAAAAUACAUUGGUCUGAUGAUAUUCCAUCUUCAUGUAACUGAUGAAAGCAUGACAAUUUGGAGGCAGCGAAAUACAGCAUUUGAAGCAAAAACAGUCAACCAACUGCCAAUUGCCUUUGGUGGCGGUUCCAUUAUGAUGUGGGGAUAUCUCCUCUCUGAACUUGACUUGAGUGACAAGGCGUGGAACUUUGACGGGUGACCAGUAUAUCCCGGAAGUGCUGGAUCCAGUUGUUGUCCCCCUGUUUGCUGAUUAUCCUCUUGUUACAAGACUUGUAGUUAUGGAUGACAAUGCUAGGCCACAACAUUCUCGGGCAGUGACACCUUUCAUUUACAAUAAUGCUGUGACUCACCUUCCAUGGCCCGCCAUGAAUCAAGACCUGGGUCCUGAUCCAUAAACCUUUCAUAACUCCACAGUUCACCCUUGGCUUACAAAUGUCAUAGUGCCGAUGUGCAGUUUGGGACUUUGAACCCAAUCUAACACACAUUUUUUAUUAAAAUUCUUCCAUUUAAUGGAAUUUAUUGUCAGAAUUCUUCGUCUAAGGCUUUGUUUAGGACUUUACUGUUCGAAUUCUUCCAUCUAAGGCUUUGUUCAGGAGUUUACUGUCAGAAUUCUUCCAUCUAAGGCUUUGUUUAGGAUUUUACUGUCAGAAUUCUUCCAUCUAAGGCUUUCUUUGGGAGUUUUACUGUCAGAAUUCUUCGUCUAAGGCUUUCUUUAGGAGUUUUACUGUCAGAAGUCUUCCAUCUAAGGAUUUGUUAAGGAGUUUACUGUCAGAAUUCUUCCAUCUAAGGAUUUGUUAAGGAGUUUUACUGUCAGAAUUCUUCGUCUAAGGCUUUCUUUAGGAGUUUUACUGUCAGAAGUCUUCCUUCUAAGUAUUUGUUCAGGAGUUUACUGUCAGAAGUCUUCCAUCUAAGGAUUUGUUCAGGAGUUUACUGUCAGAAGUCUUCCAUCUAAGGAUUUGUUAAGGAGUUUACUGUCAGAAUUCUUCCAUCUAAGGAUUUGUUAAGGAGUUUACUGUCAGAAGUCUUCCAUCUAAGGAUUUGUUAAGGAGUUUACUGUCAGAAUUCUUCCAUCUAAGGAUUUGUUAAGGAGUUUAUUGUCAGAAGUCUUCCAUCUAAGGAUUUGUUAAGGAGUUUACUGUCAGAAGUCUUCCAUCUAAGGCUUUGUUCAGGAGUUUACUGUCAGAAUUCUUCCAUCUAAGGAUUUGUUAAGGAGUUUACUGUCAGAAGUCUUCCAUCUAAGGCUUUGUUCAGGAGUUUACUGUCAGAAGUCUUCCAUCUAAGGCUUUGUUCAGGAGUUUACUGUCAGAAGUCUUCCAUCUAAGGAUUUGUUCAGGAGUUUACUGUCAGAAGUCUUCCAUCUAAGGAUUUGUUCAGGAGUUUACUGUCAGAAGUCUUCCAUCUAAGGAUUUGUUCAGGAGUUUACUGUCAGAAUUCUUCCAUCUAAGGCUUUGUUUAGGUGUUUCAAGUAUUGUCGGAAUUCUUUCACCUGAGGCUUUGAUUAGGAGGUUACUGUCAAAAUUCUCCCACCGUUGUUCUAUGUAGGAUUACAUUGUUAGUGAAUAAAGUAGAAACUUUAUUUGUGGGAAUAUGUAGAGGUCGCAUAGUAUUUCAUUGCAUAAUGAUAGCAUUUGACGUUCGAUGAUGUUUUUUUUAUAAUUUAGUGAUGUUACUUUCAGUUAGUAUGUGCCAGUGCACAGCCAUUUCGUCUGACGAUAGUUAAACAGUGCUGGAAAUAUUGAAUUCAAUGUUAUUCAACUGUCACCAGUUGGGAUCACCCUGUCUGUUCAUGUUCUUUGAUUUGUUGAAAAUAAAAUAUUUUGUAGCUC